AUGGAGCGUUGUAAGAAACCAGAUGGGCGGAUCACUGAGAAAGUUCUGGAAAAGUGCCUCAAGUGCAACAAAACAGUCACGGAACGGCUCAUACGAUCUCGUGGAGGUGCAUGGCAUCCUGGUUGCUUCGUCUGUGAAACAUGCCAAAAACCACUCGAGGGCAUUCCAUUCACGGCUACUCCCAUAGACAAGCCCUACUGCAUACCAUGCUAUCAGGACAAGUUCUCUCCACGUUGUGCUGCUUGCCGCAACCCUAUCGUUCCCCGAGAAGGUGAAAAGGAAGCUAUUCGACUCAUCGAUAAGGGCAGAUCAUAUCAUCCGGCCUGCUAUUACAAGAAAAAGGCUCCUCCGAAGGACGCUGGAACCAAGACUGCUGUCCUGCCUACCCCCAGACCGGACGAAGGCACGAAUACUGCACAUGAGCCCACGCCUAAACCUGACGAAGGUACCUCUACUGCGGCU